AUGUUGUUCAUAUUAACGCUAUUCUCUGUGAUUGCGUAUAUCGCAUACAAUAAGUUCAAAAAACUUAUGGAACCUCCACCGCUACCGGAAAAACUAGAAGAGAAAUGGUGGGGUCCUGGCGCUCCUGGAUCUAUCAAACCGGAAGUUAAACCUUUCACUAUCAAUGUAUCCGAUGAUGUACUCAAAGAUCUUCAAUAUCGCCUUGACCACCACCGACCAUUCACUCCUCCUCUUGAAGGAAUCGUACACGAAUAUGGUAUUAACAGCAACCUAGUCCAGAAGAUAGUCGAUUAUUGGAGGACGAAGUAUAACUGGAGAGAACGGGAGAAGUACUUGAACCAAUAUCCACAGUUCACCCUCAAUAUCCAGGGCUUAGACCUACACUACGUUCACAUUAAACCAAAAGUUUCGUCUGACAUUAAAGUGCUGCCCCUUUUAAUUUUACAUGGGUGGCCGGGAUCCGUAAGGGAAUUUUAUGAAUUGUUUCCAUUGUUGACAACACCGCAAAAGGGAAGAAACUUUGUGUUUGAAGUUAUAGCUCCACAUAUUCCAGGUUUUGGUUUUUCCAAACCAGCAGUGAGGCCAGGCCUUAGUCCGGACAACAUUGCUCUGGUCUAUAAGAACAUGAUGCAUCACUUAGGAUUCCAAAAGUUCUACGUACAAGGCGGUGAUUUUGGAUCCAUCAUUUUGCGCAACAUGGUAGUACUCUAUCCAGAAGUAAUCGAAGGUUUCCACUGCAAUUUCCCGGUGGUUACAAGUACUCGGCAUUAUAUAAAACUAUUCUUUGCCAGUCUGUUCCCAUCUCUUUCCAGCUGGUACGUUCGUCCAGAACACAGAGAAAAAGUGUUCCCGAUCAAGGAGGAGUUCGAACUGACAUUAAGGGAAACUGGAUAUCUUCAUGAACAGGCUACUAAGCCCGAUACAUUAGGUGUUGCUAUGAAUGAGUCUCCGAUUGGUUUGGCGGCAUAUAUUUUAGAAAAAUUUGUGGCCGGGACAAACUAUGAAAACGCUUUACUAGUAGAAGGUGGCCUUUCGGAGAGUUACACCUAUGACUCUUUAUUGGACAACAUCAUGUUCUAUUGGCUUAAUAGUGCGGCUACAACUUCUUUUAGGUUAUAUGCAGAAACUUUUAACAAAGCCAAUAAUGCUAAAGGUAUCCUCCAGCACCCUAUUAAAAUACCAACAGCAGUUGCGAGAUACGAGUACGACUUCUACUCACCAGAUGGUGCUAUCCAAGAUAUUUUUGUAAAUUGUGUUCAAUUUACUGAUAUAGACGGAGGACAUUUUUCUGCUUUCGAAAAACCUGAAGUAUUCGCCAAUGACCUCUAUGAUGGCAUUGAAAAAAUCUUAAGAUUAAAGAACUAG